AACAAAAUUGAAAACAAACCAGCGUGAGUUUCUAGAUUUUUCGCUAUUUUUGAGGGUUUUUUAGAGAUUUCACGGAUAAAAACCACAAAAUGGCUGAUCCAGAAGCCAUUGACGAUGCAUGGAGCAUGGAGAUACCGAAAUUCACGCCCGAAGACAAUCCACAUGGGAUGUUGGAGGAAUCCUCGUUUUCGGUUUUGUUCCCUAAAUAUCGAGAAAAAUACCUCAAAGAAUGCUGGCCCCUUGUUCAAAAGUCGCUCGGCGAUCAUCACAUCAAGUGCGACUUGGAUCUCAUCGAAGGCAGUAUGACGGUAAAGACAACCCGCAAGACCUGGGACCCUUUUAUCAUCGUCAAAGCACGUGACAUGAUCAAACUUUUGUCACGUAGUGUCCCUUACGAGCAGGCAGUUCGCGUGUUACAGGACGAAAUCGGUUGUGACAUCAUCAAAAUCAAAAAUCUCGUGCGAAACAUGGAAAAAUUCAUCAAACGUCGCAAUCGUCUUAUCGGUCCGAACGGAUGCACAUUGAAAUCCAUCGAGUUGCUGACGAAUUGUUACAUUUUGGUGCAAGGAGCGACAGUUUCCGCCAUCGGACCGUACAAGGGACUUCAAGCAGCGCGACAAAUUGUCGAGGAAACCAUGAAAAACGUGCAUCCGAUUUACAAUAUCAAGGCGCUGAUGAUCAAAAAGGAGCUCAUGAAGGAUCCAAAUUUGAAAAAUGAGGAUUGGAGUCGAUUUUUGCCGAAAUUCGAGUCGAAGAAUGUUAACAAGAAGAAGAGUAAGAAAGUAAAGAAACCCAAGAAGGAAUAUACGCCAUUCCCGCCUCCAAUGCCGGAGAGUAAAAUUGACAAGCAAUUGGCUUCCGGAGAGUACUUCAAAUUACAAAAGGAACGGAAAAAGGAUCAAAAGUUGGAGAAAUUGGUCAAAAAUGAGCAAAACAAGAAGAAGAGGAAUGAGCAUUUCGAGCCGCCAAAGGAGGAAAAACCGAAAAAAGUGAAGAAAGAGGCUGGAGAGGGAGAAUUUGAUGUCGAAGCGUUGAAGAAAAAGUUACAAAAGAAGAAUAAAGUUAAAGCUUGAGAUAAUUUUCAUUAGAAUUUAAAUAAAUUUUUAUUAAUUAAA